AUGGCACCGGCUUUUGGAGCGAGCGACCCGACGUCAAAUAAGGGUCGCCCUGCGAGAUCCAAGCAGAUCUCGCCAAUCCACCACGAUGCUCUGCCCACCGCCGCCGACGCGGACAACACCUCACGCCAGGAGCACCAACACGACAUAGCAUCCGACCUCUCCUGGCCCUCGUCUAAGCCUCACCAUCACCGCCCGACUCGCUCCCCCGUCCUCCCUGCACCCUCCCCCAAAACCUCCCCAAAUCGCCGCCGCCGCACCACCACCUCUCGCUCCGGCCCUUCGAUCCACGAUGCCGUGCGCCCUCAAUUGUCCGAACGGGACAGCAUCUUCGCGACACACUACUUCCCCAGUCAGGACGCUGUGACGCCGCCCAACAUUCCACCGCCCGCAGGUGCGCCGACAGAGGGCAGGAGCGCUGGAGCAGACGACGGAAGGGACGAAACAACACCACAAACCCACUCCUCCCCAACCAUGAUGGCCGCAUCUCCGCUGCGAAGUCACUCGGUCGACUUCUCUCCUGCCCUCCACCAACAUGUCUCAACGCAUGCCUCGCCACUAUUCCACCACACAUCAUACCAACACCCCACCCGACCCAGCAGGACCAGCCUACCACCCCAAUACCAUCGCCGCUCGCUGUACGACUUGCACGAUAUCAUUCCACUACCCACCACAAACACUCUCACCUCCCAACCCCAACACGAUUCCCAUCUGCCCGAUACACCCCUACGACGAGACGAUCUUCCGAAAACACCCGCCUCCGCGGUCAAGGCCAUUGACUUUGCUGACCCAGAGCAGAGUGCAGAGCGGGAGAAGUACCGUUCUUGGAGGCAAGGCCAAGCCAAGAUGAACGGCAUGACCAUCGCCGAGACGCAAAGAACGCGAAGUAGCGCUUCCAUGGGGGUGGACAAGAUCAUCGAUGCCCAGCUCCCUCAACCCGAGCCACCGAUGGCCAACGUUCGCAGUCGAAAGGCCAGUCACUAUCUGGGAUUGUUCAAAGAGAAUGAGGCGGAAGAGAGAAGAGAGUACGAGAAGAAGGCGAAGAAUAAAGAUGGGACACAGUCGCAGCUUUCCAAAGAAAUCCAUGACAAGAGACAGCCUACCAUUGCAGAGGAUGUGGAGACUACGGAGGAUGGGAACGAUGUCACUGUGUCGAGGGAGCGCAUGGCAAAGAAGCUGCCAUUGGACCUGCUGGAAGAGAUUCGGAACCAUGACCACCUGGUACCCGUCAAGUCAACACCCUCAAAGCACGUACCUGCAAAGGCGGUACAUCGUCAGCUUGAAGAGCUGUCUCGUUCCAAGACUGACGAUGAAGACUCGGACCAGGAACACAUCUCAUCUGCCACAUACUAUCCUCACCAAGGUGUGACCAUCGCCGACUCGCCUACCGAAGAUCAAGUCGCAGAACGAAGGCCCAAAAAGCAGGCAACCAAGCAGAACGAGGGACUUGGAAACAAUGACAUACAGGUGUCGUUGAAGUCGGACGGCGCGAGCGACGUGCUGCAUGGCCAUUCAUCUGCUGACUUUGAUCAACUACCAAGCCCUGCAGCUGCGCUUGAUCAACAAUUGUUUUCAGAUUCGGACUACGAGUCAGACGCUCAUGGCUACGAUUCAAACUUGUCUGCAUCUGGCGAAGAAGACGACGAGGAAACGACACCGACUGCAACACCUCGAAUCAAGGCCAAGCACCAACGUUCGUCCGAGCGCAGACCUUCACAUCAGGCGCCUGCUCCCAUUGGUGCGGUGGAGCUGAAACCGUACAAGCAUCAGGUUGGUGGUCACACCCCCGUCUAUCGGUUCUCACGACGGGCGGUUUGCAAGCAGCUUAAUAGCAAAGAAAACAAAUUCUACGAAACCGUAGAAAAGCAUCACACUGAACUGCUGGGCUACAUGCCUCGUUACAUUGGCGUUCUGAAUGUCACGUAUCGUAAAGAUCAGAAGAAGCGGCGGAAAACGGCGUCAGACGACGCCCUCCAGCAAGACGCCAAGACUGAGACAAGCAAGCCACGCGCAGAGGAACAGGCAAAAGCAGAAGAACAAAGCCGCAUGGUUAGUCAUUCAAUGCGAACGCCCCAGGCCAUCCCACAGGUCAUCUUCGAGAACAACAGGCAUCUCAUACCAGAUGACCUGUUUCGGGUACCCCCACGCUCAGCCACCCCGGACAUGCAUCGAGCGAGUACUUCACCACCCUUACGUGAGAACCAAAGCGACGAUGAGACAUCCAACGGAGCCUCGCGUCGGCCGUCUCUGAAGCCUGCUGCAAGCUGGGGCUUCACCUCUGUCAAUGAGACGUUGCGAGAUCACGUUCUGCGGGAGGUGUUUGCGCCGCCGCACAUCUACAAGCAUGACCGUCGCGAGCGUGCAUAUCACGCGAGGUCCCUGCGCAAGAUUCCGAAAUACCUGCGAAAAGACUACGACAAUCAUUCGAAGCGCCAGAACUCGGUCGACCUCCCGCUACUGCAGCACAUGGCAUCGAAUGGUGGUGCUGAGAACGGUGUGCCAUUGGCGCGGCUGCAGCACGUCAUCAGCGAGGAUGCCGAUCGAGCCAAUUCAGACCUGGACAGACGUGUUCUGGAGAGUCGGAAAGCUCUGAGCAAGAGUGCGGAUAUGGACGGGGACAAAGGUCUGAAUGUGCCGCCCAAGCCCCGUCACCACCGCAGACGCCAUUCUGGAGGAGGUCUGAAACGCAAGCCAACGGAUAUUGAAGGAGCUCGUGGAGACCUUGAGUUUCAUGAGAAUGAAGAGGAAGCCUACACUGCUGAUGGCGAAGAUGUGUUUGCGAUGGACGAUGUCAGCAAGAAGGCGAGCAAGCCUGCGCGACCACAGAGCCAACUCGAAGCUAUGGCGGCCGGCGAGGAUCGACCGAAGAACAUUGUCGUACCUCGACUGGGUCCUGCCAUCAGCUUUGGAAGUCCAGAGCCGCGCAAUCCCGAAACCUCCCUGGUCCAGCAUGACGAGCGAGUGGAGCGCUUCCUACUACUUGAAGACCUGACUGCUGGUAUGCAAAAGCCAUGUGUCCUCGAUCUCAAGAUGGGCACACGACAGUACGGCGUUGAAGCCAACGAGAAGAAGCAAGCUUCGCAACGUAUGAAGUGCAAGACGACGACUUCUCGUGAGUUAGGCGUGCGCGUGUGCGGCAUGCAGGUCUUCAACGUGCGCGAGCAAAAGUACAAGUUCGAAGACAAGUACUUCGGCCGCGAUCUCAAAGCUGGAUCUGAGUUUCAGGAUGCGCUGACACGAUUCUUCUUCGACGGGAUUGGCCACGCCCAGGCAUUGAAGCACAUCCCAUCCGUUCUACAGAAGAUCAACGAAUUGGACCGCAUCAUUCGGUCACUGCCAGGCUACCGCUUGUACGCCAGCAGCUUGCUCAUGAUAUACGAUCGUGGUAACGCAGACCAAGACGGCAAAGUGCAGCACGAGAUCAACGAAGACGGUAAACCGGCACAAUACCCGGACAUCAAGCUCAAGAUCGUUGACUUUGCCAACUGCGUUACCGCGGAGGAGAUGGACCAUGUUCUACGAAAGCCCUGUCCUCCAAUGCAUCCCAACAGCAUCGACUGGGGCUACCUUCGCGGACUGAGGUCGUUGCGAAUGUACUUUCAGAAGAUCUACCAGGACCUGCAUCGACAGCGGUAUGUCGAACGAGGCGAAGGCGAGGGCAUGGCGAUUGAUGAGAGGGGCAUCUCCAACGCAACCACACACAAAGGCUGGACGGACAGCAUCAUAGACGAUCCGGGAGAGGUGUCCGUGUAA